UGAGAAUUAAAUGCAAAAGCAAUCCAAUAAGUUAAAAAGCAAGAUAACAUGAAUAACAGAUUCAAAAACCCAACUACAACUGUUAGGAUCUGUGGAUCAGAUCGAGGAUUUAUGGCAAUAUCAAGACUGAAUGCUGACAACACAUCAACUCAAGGUCCUGGCAGGAGACAGAGUUUACUUUGUCUUGGAGCGUAUUCAAAUCUUUUGAACUGUCAAGCAAACAGGCGUCGUCAGCGAAAAGUUUGGUCAAGAAGUUGGAGGAGGACGACAGAUCAUUUUUGCGACGAGGAAAGCAAGCGGUCCCAAUACAGAACCUUGAGAAAUUCCACAGUGGAUGGGGAGCAUCGCGGACCUAUUGGAAUCCACUUCGACAAAUUGUUGUCGACCGAACAGGUUCGCUAUAAUUUGGAAGACCUCUGAAGGUGACGUAGGUUCAAGAAAAAAUGAAUUUUGCAGGGGAGUACCCAAGAAGUCGGUAAAUGAGACUGAGCUUAGCGGGAGAUCAUCGGCAAGUUUCUUCCCUACCGUUGAAAAGAAUUUAUUGAAUUCACUAGCAAUCAGGACUGGGUCAGUCACAGUGGUUCGAUUUUUGAGCUUCAAUUCUGAGAUGGAGAUGGAAUUUUUGGAUUGUAUCUUAAUGAUGUCAUUGAUCGUUUUCCACGUGCGUUUAGCAUCACCUCGGUUGGUCUCAAGGACAGUGCGAUAAAACAGUUCUUUAGAUUUCCUUUGCAAAUGUACUAACAUAUUUCUAUACUUUUUGAAGUAGACACGCUGGGAUGUAUUGUCCCUUAAAAAUUUAUUUUUGAACAUAUUAUUUUUGUGUUUGAUGGACUUUCUAAUUCCCCUAGUGAUCCAGGGUUUGGAGUAAAGUUUGUUUUCUCUGUGUGAAAGGGGUCGUAAAGGCGCAUGUUUGUUAAUUAACCAUUUUAGGCGACCAAGGAAUGUAUCAAAAGAGUAAUUGAAAUUUUCUCUACAAAAGGUAACACCCACAUAUUUGCUACACAUUGACUCAACAUCGGAUCUAAAAGAAUCGUUACAAAAUUUAGACAUAUCGCGCUUCAUGCGAGUAUUGGUCUUGAUGCUUAUAUCUACACCUGAUAUUGUGCACAUUACAGGAAAAUGGUCGGUCAAGUCGCUUAUUAAAAUAAAUGAUGAAGAACAUUGGUUUAUGGCGUUUGUAUAAAUGUGAUCUAUGAGGGUGUGGGAGGUAGAAGUGACCCUAGUAGGUUUAGUAAUCACAGGAAGAACAUAGUAUGACAUGAGCAUAUCGAAAUACACAGCAGUGGAAUUACUAUUGGUGUCGAGUACGUUAAUGUUAAAAUCACCCAGUAUUACA